ACUGACAGGAGAGGCGAGUUUGGCCUCAACACUGACUGGAAAAACAGCCCGAAGGCUUAAACCGCUGAAACUCGGAUAAACAAACAAGACACCAGGAGAACCAGGAGAACCUUCAUGACUUUUCCCAGCAGGAGUUUAGCUGGUCCAGGACAGUGGAACGCACCAUGCUGCAGCGAUAGCAGAGACUCCGGAUUAGGCGACAUGGAGAACUGCACCAUCUGGAUCGCCUGCCAGCGCACAGACGCUUUUCUGUAAAAAAACAGAAAGAAAGAAAAAGAAAAAGCAGACUUUGGUGAAUUGGGUCAGAGGCUCCUGCUGGCUGAAAUGGCUGUGAGGCUCAAAGCGAGGCGAAAUCCGUCGAACCAUCUCUGGGUUUCGCUGACGUCACCGUCGCUUGCCCAUGUCUGAAGAUGGACACACUGGAGUCGGAGCUGACCUGCCCAAUUUGUCUGGAGCUGUUUGAAGACCCUCUGCUGCUGCCCUGCGCCCACAGCCUGUGUUUUAACUGCGCCCAGCGCAUCCUGAUCACUCACUGCGCCUCAUCGCCGGAGCCCUCGCAUCCCGCCUCCACCUUCCAGUGCCCGACCUGCCGCUAUGUCAUCACCCUCAGCCAGCGCGGCUUAGAGGGGCUCAAACGUAACGUGACCCUGCAGAACAUCAUCGACCGCUUCCAGAAGGCCUCCCUGAGUGGGCCAAACUCCCCGAGCGAAACCCGCCGCUGCAACCAGGACCGAGACCGUGAAAGUUUGCUGUUUGGUGUAAGCAACACUCCGACCAUGAGCACGAGCGAGGCUGUCCAGUGUCAGUUCUGCGAUCAGGAUCCUCCUCAGGAUGCUGUCAAAACCUGCAUCACCUGCGAGGUGUCGUACUGCGAGGAGUGCCUGCGGGCCACGCACCCCAACAAGAAACCCUUCACGGGUCACCGGCUGACCGAGCCGCUGCCGGACUCGCGGCUGCGGGGCCUGGCCUGCCCUGAGCACGCCGACGAAAAGGUCAACAUGUACUGCAUGACGGACGAACUGCUGAUCUGCUCUCUGUGCAAGCUGGUGGGCCGACACCGUGACCACCAGGUGGCUGCCCUUGGAGAGAGAUUCGAGAAACUUAAGCAUGGACUGGAAUCGAACCUCAGCAGCCUGAUCAAGCGGAAUAACGAGCUGGAGGGUCUGAUGGGGAAACUGAUCCAAACCUGCCAGCAUGUAGAGAUGAACGCGUCUCGGCAGGAAAGCAAGCUGUUAGAAGAGUGUGACACGCUGAUCGACAUCAUUCAGCAGCGCAGGCAAAUCAUCGGGACAAAAAUAAAAGAGGGCAAGGUGGUGCGGAUCCGUAAGCUGGCGCAGCAGAUAUCCAGCUGUAAGCAGUGCAUCGAGAGAUCGUCCUCCCUCAUCAGCCAGGCCGACCAGGCUCUUAAAGAAACGGACCACGCCCGCUUCCUCCAGACCGCCCGCGGCAUCUCGGAGAGAGUUUCAAUGGCAACGGCGUCCUCACAGAUCCUGAUCCCAGAGAUCAACCUGAACGACACGUUCGACACCUUCGCGCUGGACUUCAGCCGAGAGAAGAAGAUGCUGGAGGGCCUGGAUUACCUGACCGCUCCGAACCCACCGGCGAUCCGCGAGGAGCUCUGCACGGCGUCCCACGACACCAUCUCGGUCCACUGGACGGCGGAGGACGAGUUCAGCGUGGUCUCCUACGAACUCCAGUACACCAUCUUCACCGGGCAGACCAACGUCGUCAGUUUGUGUAACUCGGCCGACAGCUGGAUGCUGGUGCCCAACAUCAAACAGAACCACUACACGGUGCACGGCCUGCAGAGCGGAACCAAAUACAUCUUCGUGGUGAAGGCCAUGAACCACGCUGGCAGCCGCAGCAGCGAACCGGCCAAGCUGAAGACCAACAGUCAGCCGUUUAAGCUGGACCCAAAGUCGGCUCACAAGAAGCUGAAGGUCUCCCACGACAGCCUGACCGUGGAGAGGGACGAGACGUCCUCGAAGAAGAGCCACUCUCAGGACCGCUUCAGCAGCACGGGAAACUAUGGCGUCACCGGGAACGUCUACAUUGACAGCGGACGCCACUACUGGGAGACUCUGAUCGGAGGCAGCUCGUGGUUCGCCAUCGGCAUCGCCUACAAGUCGGCGCCCAAGCACGAGUGGAUCGGGAAGAACUCGUCCUCGUGGGUGCUGUGCCGCUGCAACAACUCGUGGGCGGUGCGGCACAGCGGGAAGGAGCUGCCCGUGGAUCCUUCGCCCCACAUGCGGCGCAUCGGUGUCCUGCUGGACUACGACAUGGGCUCGCUGGCGUUUUACGACGCGGCGGGAACGCAGCACCUCCACACCUUCGACAUCGCCUUCUCCCAGCCCGUCUGCCCCGUGUUCAACGUCUGGAACAAGUGUUUGACCGUCCUCACGGGUCUGCCCAUACCGGACCACUUGGAGAUGAACGAUCGGGCCUAGGGGGCGCCAGUUAGCCUUGGACUCGCAUCGCAGCCGCUGACUUUUCUUGAGAGACGUAUUUAAGGUCAAUUCUGACCAGUGGUGUCGUCCUUUUCUUUGCACAUUAGCUCACUUUAUUCGGCCCUACGUUCCAGGAGACGAGGUGUGCAGAUAGUCCAGCAGCUACUCGACCAUCAGCAGCGUUUAGUUGGUUGUGAGACUGGUUGGGUUCUCCAAGGCCAGAGUUCCACUCGGCACACUACUGGAAACAAAUCGCUGCGGAUGAAUAAACACGAUUCACAGUGUUUAUUUCCACACGGUCAACAUGCUUCAGUUACUUUGCACUAGUUUCUGUUUUCCUUUAUAGACAGUAAAUCUGGGGCCGGAUUCAUGAAAGUGUCCUAAGAAAGAAAAUCUUCAUUUAAAAAAAAAUGAACAAAAUGUUCUAAUAACUUUUUAAGAAUGGUCUUAUUUUCUUUUCUUGACUAUGUUCUUAAGAAUAGUUCUAGGAGUGAGUACUGUUCUUAAAUGUUUCCGUAACUUUCUGAUCGACUGACGCUCGUCUCGGAUGUGAGAGUUGACGAGGUCCACGUCUGAUUUAGGAAUUUCUCCGCCCGUCCUCGCCUCUCGCUUUCCGCCAUCGCCCCACAGUUAUUGCAUUUUCUAAGGAGGAUUUUUUCCUGUUGGCUCUUUCUUCCACCGUUACCUCGAGUUCUUGUUUGCUGAAAUUGUUUAAAUGCUUGGUUUGGUGUUUUGCCCCAUUUAGCUCCUCUGAGUCAAUUAAUCUGAAUAACAGAAAUUACCGUUAAUACAAAUUCAGAACGUAUCUUGCGUCAUUUAUGGUACAUGGUAAAAUGCAACGUGGCCAAUGUAAGAAAACAAUGAGGAUUCUCUUAAAAAAAUCAAGUGCAUUUCCAAAAAAGGUGGGACGCUGUGCAAAAUGUAAAUAAAACCAAAAUGCAAUGAUAUGCAAUUCAUUUAAACCUAUAUUUCAAUGAAAAUAGUACAAAGACAACAAAUCAAGUGUUGAAACUGAGAAACUUUAUUGUUUUUUUGAAAAAUGUUUUGAGUUUGAUGCCAACGACAACAGGGAGGAAAAGGCUGGUAAAGUUGUGUGAUGCUAAAAAACACCUGUCUUUCAGAAGUGAAGAUGAGGAGGGGUCACCGCUCUGUGAACGACGGCAGCAGUUCAAAAUAUAACGUUUCUCAACAUGAAAUAUCAGAAUCAGAUUCCUUUAUUGAUCCCAGGGGGAAAUUGCAGUUGUUACAGUUGCAGCCAUUUAUGUAAAAGAAUAAACACUUUAAUAAUUUAAAA